UUUUCUCUUUCUAACAAAGCUUCCUCUCAUCUUCCAUGGCCUUCAUAAUUUUUCUAACAACGCUUUUUGUAAUAUUUAUUUCAUCACUUGCAAAGAUUUCAUAUGAUACUUUCUCAUUCUACUGCCUCACCCCUAGAAGAAUUCGGAAGACGAUGGAGCAACAAGGCGUUCGUGGCCCGAAGCCCCGGCUGUUGAUCGGAAACAUCCUCGACGUAGUGGGACUUGUGGCAAAGUCCACGGCCAACGACAUGAGUUCAAUUGAUCACGAUAUUGUCGACCGCUUAUUGCCUCAUUACACCAUUUGGACAAAGCAAUAUGGGAAGAGGUUUAUUUACUGGAACGGGACCGAGCCACGGCUGUGUCUGGCCGAGACGGAGUUGAUCAAAGAACUGUUGGGGAAGAAGAGCAGUGUGUGUGGGAGAUCAUGGCUGCAACGACAGGGGACCAAACAUUUCAUAGGGAAAGGAUUGUUGAUGGCAAAUGGGGAAGAUUGGUAUCAUCAACGUCACAUCGUGGCUCCUGCGUUUAUGGGAGAUAAGCUUAAGAGCUAUGCGGGGUUCAUGGUGGAAUGCACUAACAAAAUGAUCCAAUCAAUGGAGACCGAGUUGGACUCGGGCCGGACCGAGUUCGAGAUCGCCGAUUACAUGAAGCAACUCACCGCCGACAUCAUUUCCCGGACCGAGUUCGACACCGACUCCGACAAGGGUAACCAAAUCUUCCACUUACUCACUCUUCUCCAGCGCCUCUGCGCCCAAGCCAGCCGCCACCUCUGCCUUCCCGGUAGCCGGUUUGUUCCAAGUAAAUACAACAGAGAAAUUAAGUCACUAAAGAAGGAAGUGGAGAGGCUGUUAAUGGAGAUUAUUGAAAGCAGAAAAGAUGGUGUGGAGAUAGGAAGAAGCAGUUGCUAUGGAAGUGAUCUGUUGGGAAUGCUAUUGAAUGAGAUGCAGCAGAGGAAGAACAGCACCACCACCACCCUCAACUUGCAGCUCAUAAUAGACGAAUGCAAGACCUUCUUCUUUGCUGGCCAUGAAACCACCGCUCUUUUGCUUACUUGGACCAUCAUGUUGCUUGCUACUAACCCUAAUUGGCAACACAUGGUUCGUGCCGAAGUUAACCAAGUUUGCAACGCUCGAACCCCGUCUAUUCAACAUCUCUCUAAGCUCACUUUGCUAAACAUGGUGAUAAACGAGUCCCUAAGGCUCUACCCACCAGCCACAGUGCUGCCAAGAAUGGCGUUGGAGGACAUGAAGCUAGGAGACAUGGACAUCCCCAAAGGCCUGUCCAUAUGGAUUCCGGUACUGGCGAUUCACCACAGCGAAGAGCUGUGGGGCAAAGAUGCCAACCAGUUCAACCCCAACAGGUUCGCCGCCAAGGCAUUCGGUGGCGGGCGGUUCAUUCCAUUUGCAGGCGGACCAAGAAACUGCAUCGGCCAAGGGUUCGCCAUCAUGGAAGCUAAGAUCAUCUUGGCUAUGUUCCUCUCCAAGUUUAGCUUCACUAUUUCCGACACUUAUCGCCAUGCUCCUGUUGUUGUUCUCACCAUUCAGCCUAAGCAUGGAGUUCAAGUUUGUUUGACUCCCUUCUCUUCUUAGAACC